AUGCGAGUGCACUUUUUGCCACCCGAAGGCUUUGAAGACGGGUUCGUGGAGCCUAUCCAGGGCGAAGGUGGUGUUGUGCCUGGCUCCAAAGAGUUCCUGCUGGCGCUUCGCAAGAGAUGCGACGAGACAGGCACACUACUGAUCUUUGAUGAGGUGCAGUGCGGCCUUGGGCGGAGUGGCAAACUCUUCGCUUACGAACUCUCAGGGGUUCUACCUGACUUGAUGACCUUGGCCAAGCCGCUGGCGGGUGGGUUGCCCAUUGGGGCUGUGCUCCUCACAGAGGCUGUCGCAUCCUGCAUCUCUCCUGGUGACCAUGGGAGCACUUUUGCAGGUGCCCCACUGGUUUGUGCCGCCGCUCGGUAUGUCCUGGAUCAAGUGAGCAAUCCAGAUUUCUUGGAGAAUGUUCGAACCACUGGUUCCCACCUCAAAGCAGGCCUGGAGAAGAUCUGUGACCCACAAGGUUUGCAAGUCCGUGGCACUGGAUUGCUCAUAGGUGUCGUGUUCCCCACAGCGGAGCAAUGUGGCGCAGUGCAGAGGGCCGCAGCUGCGGAGAAAUUGCUGGUUUUGACUGCUGGUGCUGGCAACAUUCUUCGGAUUGCGCCCGCAUUGACGGUGACGCAGGCAGAUGUGGACGAAGCCUUGGAGAGGCUAUCGAAAGCAUUGGAAAGCGUCCUUGUUGAAGCUGAAGCGCAAGCGGCGUAA